AUGUCUUCCCGCCCUCCAGUCUACAUUGUAUCUGCAGCUCGAACCCCGGUGGGCUCGUUCCUUGGCUCUCUAUCGUCCCUCACUGCCCCCCAGCUGGGAUCUCACGCGAUAAAGGCUGCCAUUGAGCGGGCUCAAGGAAUCAAUCCGGAAGAUGUAGAGGAAGUCUUCUUUGGCAACGUCCUCUCUGCUAAUGUUGGCCAAAACCCAGCCAGACAGUGCGCAUUGGGAGCUGGACUCACUGAAUCUACAGUCUGCACCACUGUCAACAAGGUGUGUGCCUCAGGCCUCAAGGCCGUCAUCCUUGGUGCUCAGACUAUCAUGACUGGAAACGCCGAUAUCAUCGUUGCUGGCGGAACAGAGUCUAUGUCAAACACCCCUCACUACCUCCCGAACAUGCGUACCGGUGCCAAAUAUGGCCAUCAAUCUCUCACAGACGGUAUCAUGAAGGACGGUUUGACCGACGCCUACGGCAAGAAGGAGCUUAUGGGGCUACAAGCAGAAGAAUGUGCUGAGGAUCACGGAAUCACCCGUGAACAGCAGGACGAGUAUGCCAUCCGCACGUAUCAACGUGCACAGGCUGCGCAGAACUCCGGUGCUCUCAGCGUAGAGAUUGCGCCAAUUGAAAUUCCCGGUUUCCGUGGUAAGCCAGCCACUAUCGUCGACAAGGACGAGGAGGCUAAGAACCUUAACCCCGAUAAACUCCGAGCUAUCAAGCCCGCUUUCAUCCCCAACGGUGGAACCGUAACGGCUCCGAACUCGUCCCCCCUUAACGACGGCGCUGCCGCCCUCGUCCUGGUGUCCGAAGCCAAGCUGAAGGAACUCAACCUCAAGCCCAUGGCUAAGAUCCUCGGAUGGGGUGACGCAGCCAAGGCACCUAGCAAGUUCACUACUGCUCCAUCCCUUGCUAUUCCCAAGGCUCUCAAACACGCCGGCGUUGAACAGAGUGCCAUUGAUGCCUUCGAGAUCAAUGAGGCAUUUAGCGUCGUUGCCUUGGCAAAUAUGAAGCUUCUCAACCUCUCUGAAGACAAGGUGAACAUCCACGGUGGCUCUGUUGCACUGGGGCACCCGCUAGGAGCCAGUGGUGCGCGUAUUCUGACCACCCUUUUGGGUGUCUUGCGUGAGAAAAAGGGGAAGCUUGGGUGUGUGGGUAUUUGCAAUGGUGGAGGCGGUGCUAGUGCUAUGGUCGUUGAGUCUUUGCAGUAG